GCCGCCCAAUUGGCGCAUCUCCGGGAACUUUGUUCCACUUUCCACCUCCCUUAUGUGGUUAUUGGUGAUUUUAAUACUAUUCUCACUGCGAGUGAAAAGGAUGGUGGCAAUCCCUGGAAUGCUAAUAAUUCGGCUAGUUUACGUGACUUUAUCCAUGACUUGGGUCUACAUGACCCAGGGUUCCAAGGUGACCUUUUCACUUGGACAAACAAGAGAAUGGGUAGUGCCUGCAUUCGUGAACGAUUGGAUAGAGCUCUGUGCUCCCAGCUCUGGAUUGAUCGAUUUCCCGAAACCAUGGUCAAACACUUUACGGACCAAGGUUCUGAUCAUAGAGCUCUCCUCCUGUCAGAUAGGCCUUAUGCUCGAAAUAGACGACCUCUCUUCCGUUUUGAUGCCCGCUGGGCGGAUAAUCCUGAAGUUAGGGCGAUGGUGGUUUAUUUUUGGAAGGAGGAUAUCCAGGGAACCCCUAUGUUCUGCUUAUGGGAGCGCCUUAAGAAACUUCGUCAUCUCUUAUAUGACUGGAGUAGGGCAGGUACUACUAAUUCCCUGUGGAGUAUUCUAACCAUUCAAAGUGAAAUUGAUCGAAUUAAGCUAGUUUAGCCGAUUGAUUGGGAUAUGGUGCGGGGAUUGGAGGUCGAGUUGACACGGCAAUGGGAAGCGGAGGAAAUUUAUUGGCAGCAGAAGUCCAGGGUUCACUGGUUGAAAAAGGGGAUAAAAAUACUUCGUACUUUCAUACAGUGACUAGGACUCGCCGUAAGCGAAAUUUUGUGGCUGGCCUCCAUAAUGAGGAUGGAGAGUGGAUUACUGAUGAAGCUGGGAAAGCUGGGAUUGCCUCCUCCUUAUACCAACACCUUUUUACUACGGAGAAUCAGGUGGGUAACAUGGCUGAGCAGGUGGCAACUUUGCCUAUUGCUCGUAGUGUUACCCCAGAGAUGAAUGCCAGUCUUACGACUGAAGUUCUCCCCUCCGAGGUGCGUAAAAUGGUGUUUGAUAUGGGGUCCAAACAGGCACCUGGGUCUGAUGGUUUCACGCGUAAAUUUUUUAAGGCCUUUUGGGAUGUUGUGGGCGAGUCGGUAGUUGCGGCGGUGUGCUCUUUCUUUGCCACGAGUCAGAUGCUCACCAUACGUGGCUCACGUUGAUACCCAAGGUCGAUAAUGUGGAAUCUAUACGGCAGAUGCGGCCAAUUAGCUUAUGCCAAUUCGUCUAUAAAAUUAUUACCAAAAUUAUGACAGAGCGUCUUGCCUGCGUAUUGCCGAAUAUUAUCUCUGAGGGACAAAAUGCGUUCGUCCGUGAACGACAGAUUGUUGAGAAUAUACUCCUAGGUCAUGAGUUAAUGCAUUACCUGAAAAUAAAGACGCGAGGUAAGAAAGGGUACAUGGCUCUAAAGGUUGACAUGGAAAAGGCCUAUGAUAGAGUCGAAUGGCCUUUUCUCCUUGCUGUCUUGGAUAAGAUGGGUUUUAACUCGCUUUGGCAAGGUUGGAUUCGGGAGUGUCUCCGAUCCUCGUCUUUCUUGGUUCUUAUGAAUGAGACUCCUUCAGGGUAUUUUACUCCUUCUAGGGGGUUAAGGCAAGGGGACACGCUCUCCCCUCUUUUGUUUGUGCUGUGCACUGAGGGUUUUGCUGCGCUCCUUCGAAAGGCUAUUUCGGAAAAAUGACUGGAGGGGGUUAAGGUGGCUCCUCGCGCCCCCCAAAUCUCGCACAUGUUCUUUGCGGAUGAUUCGUACUUAUUUCUGCGAGGUACUCUCCGGGAGUGUGAAAAUUUGAUUGAGGUCCUAAAUGAAUAUGAGGAGCUGAGUGGCCAGCGGGUGAAUUUGGCUAAAUCUGCUGUCUAUUUCAGUAAGAAUAUAGUCCGGGCUGACCA